AUGCCGCCGCUACGGAAGGAGCGCGGCGUGAACCGUCCGAGCCUGCCCGGCACCACCGAGACCGACGUGCUCCAACCGACUGCGAAGCAAUUCACAUCUGGUCUCGAACACAGCUUCGCAGAGCACUUCUCCAACCGUUUUCUCGACCUCUGGAGGCAGACGCCCUCCGAUCUCCGACUCGCAUCUGCGCCGACGUACAGCAGCGUGGCCGCCGGUCGCACCGCAAGCCAGCGGCCAUGUGGCCACUCUCCCACGGCCGCUGCAGCCCCGCAACAAGAGCCACAACAGCCAAUUUCCCGUCUCCAGGGACGACCAAUCCCCGCCCCGCCGAAAGAAGACCUCCGGGUUUUCGUGCGACUCCCGGCCGAAGCACCGGCGAGGGACCACAAUAGCUACGCAAUCCGGACCCACAUUGCCGCCAAAGUCGGCAUCGACCUUCACCAAGUCCCAGCCGCUUUCAAGGUGAACUCCGGAUGGGCCAUCAGAACAACAGAUGCGACCAUUCGGGAUCUUAUCGUCCAACGACAGUCGGAGUGGUCCCAAGACAUGGGCGCGACAGAUGUAGAAAUCAGCCAGAGAUGGUACACCUACGCCGUGGCAAACUGCCCCUAUAUUCUUACCGACCUACAGGGAAAGAAUUGGACUACGAGCCAGCCGCCAAAGAUGAAAUCGCCUGCCAGACCGGCCUCAAACCCAUCAGGGUGCGCCCGCCAGGCGCAAGCCGAACGACCCCUGACCUGUACCUUGAUUGUGUCAUUCCUCGAACCGACUGAUAAGCCCUGGAGGCUGUUUGGAUCCAGUCGGCUCGCCCAAUACAUUGAGAGAUCUAGCCUGCCCAGCCAGUGCGACAAGUGCUGGGACUUUCACGCCCGACACACCUGCGACCGACAAGCAUCCUGCAAGCGGUGCGGACGGCGCGGCCACGACGCGGAAGCUUGCGUGGCCCUCGAGCGGUGCGCGAACUGCCUUGGGCCCCACGCCGCAGACUUUGCGAAGUGCCCUGCGCGCCCGAAGCGAUCACACGGCGUCAUUCGCCGUCUGACGAGAGAAGAGAAAUCUCGCGCCCGAGAGCUGGGCGCUCAACUGUCCGCCCGGCGAAAGGAACAAUACGAAAGAGUAGAACGAUCCGAGCAGCCCGAACGGGAUGCCACCUGCUCGCCGGGUGGUGUCACCGAAAGACAUGCUGCCCGGGACGACGGACAGCAAGCCCAACCUCAUGACGAAGCCCCACGGCGCGCGAACGUGGGCAAGAUCUCGCCGGCGCACGACUGCGCCCUUGCCCUCGCCGAUUCCGAACAUUACGAUGUGGUGCUCCUCCAGGAGCCAUGGACAGAAACAAAGGGCGGCCGAUGCCUUACCAAAACACAUCCCGCCUACGACACCUUCUCCCCGGUUGACAGCUGGGAAGACAAUAGCACCCGACCCAGAGUCAUGACCUAUGUCCGCCGCAGGCCUGGACUGAUGGUAGAUCAGAGGAGGCCCGCGGCAACUCGUGACAUUCUUUGGCUCACGGUCAACGACAUCACUUUGGUCAACGUUUACCGCCAACCGUCAUACGACGAGGCCCUCGACAUACUACUCCAAUGGCCCGCGCCAGACAGAUGUCUGGUAGCAGGCGAUUUCAACGCCAAACACCACAGCUGGCAAGCCGGCCGCAUCGAGGGCCGCGGCGAGGCUGUAGCUGCAUGGGCGACAGCCAACGGUCUGAACCUGCUCAACCCGGCUGACGUCCCGACAAAUCCUCAUGGCAAUACGAUCGACCUUGCCUUCUCUAAUAUCGCCUUGGCCAAUGCCGUGGUGGAAGACCAUCUUGCCACCAGCUCCGACCACUUCACGCUCAGCACUACCCUGCCUGAGCUCGCUGUAGCGCCCCCACCCACUGGGAAGUUUGCCGCCAAAGCUGCAGGCCGGUCGGUCCGCAAGGGCGCACGCAGCGCGCCCUGGUGGACGGAGGAAUGCUCCUUGGCCGCGGUGGAGUAUCGCGCAAGAGUCGUGCGGCGAGUCAAGCGCCGUUACUGGCGCGAUCUGAUUGACAGCUUCACGGACAGUGCGUCCGUCUUCAAGGCGGUCCUGGAUGAUACCGUCUAUGAGACCCAACUAGACAAAGCCAACGCCCUGCGACGAGCAACGCUCGAACGUCGCACUUCGCAGGAUGACAUCACGGAUCCGUGGGUCCCAGUGGACACAGCGAGGACGAUUCCUUUCGCUCAGAACGUUUCCCUGGAGGAGGUCCGUGACGCGACCCUUCGCACGGGUAACACCUCUCCCGGCUCCGAUAACAUUACGGUCAAGAUGCUCCGUGCCGUCUGGCAUACCAUUGGAAGCCUCGUCCACAAGCUGUAUCAGGGCUGUCUCGACAUCGGUCACCAUCCUAAGCCUUUCAGGAAGCGGAAGUGGUUAUGA